AUGAACUAUGCUACCCCAUCGCCGAGGUAUAGACAUAACUCGCUGCUGGAAAUGCUUCUUUGGGGGCUCACUUUUGUUGGAGCUCUCGACUAUCCUCGUUCUCUGACAAUUCCGUUCGCUAGGUCAGCGCUCGACAACGAUGCCGAGGUUUCACGGCGGCGCUAUUUCCGGAUCACGAGUACGAUUGCUUCCGCUGUUCUCGGCGCGUCUUUGGGUCUCCACCCCACAUCGGCAACCGCCGGUGUGGAUGUAACGGGGCUUCCCGUACAGGCUGCGGGUGACGCGGGAGCCUCGUUACAAUCGCAACUCAAGUUCUACGAAUCCUCCAAUAGCGGGAAGGCCAACACCGUUUCCCGGGUGGGCAGUACUGGUACGACAGAAGUAGGCGACCCGCAAGUUGCCCGGUACGCCCUGCGGUCGACCCCUGGUCUGACGCCACGGGUGUCGAAACAAUUCGGUGUCACCGGACCCUUUCAAACCAUUCAGGACACCGUCCUGGCUCCCGUCAGCAGUAGUGGUAGUAGCAGUGGUAACAAGUACUACGAUGUACCCAUUCGAUAUUCCUUGCCCGCCGAUUGGCUACAGUUGGAUCGACUGGCGGGAGGCAUACAAUACGUCGACCAACGCAACGGCGAUAAAUUGUACAUUUUGCAGGCGACAUUACCUCCCGACACGAGCUUGGCUACCGUGCCGAAAGCGUGGUUCGGUACCGCCUUGUUCGAUCCGCAAGGGGCCGUAGUCAAAACUGCGGGAAAUGUCGUGGAGGAUUACAAAAUAACCUCCAGCAACACCAUGGCGGCUCAGGUAGUAUCAUGCACCAGCAGUACCACUGGAGGAGCCUGUACCAAGGAGCGUCGUCGACUGGGAGUCAAAUACGCCACCGUCACGGGAAAUGGCUUACGGGUCGAACGGCGAGGCUUGAUCGACGCCUAUCAAGUGGACAAUGACGUUUACAUGCUGCUGACUUCCACCAACGCGAACAAAUUUCAGGCCGGUGGGCCCGAACGGGAUACCGCGGAAGCCAUGGCGGAUUCCUUUCGCGUCGAACGGUAA